AUGGGGGUCGGUACUAGGAGCCUGCGUUCACUUCCUGGUGAGCUUGCGCUCGCUGGCCUGAGAGCGCGGGCAGACGCUCUGUUCCGUAGCGUUACCGCCUCCAACUUGUCGGCGAGAAAGUAUCAUUCAGUGGCCUCUCGCGCAUCUCGACAUUUUCGUCGUCCUUCCAGGGUACCCGUGGCAGCAAAGGCCCACUACGUCUCGGUCCCUGCUCUAUGUCAAAUUUCAGCGGCCAGUUCUGGAAGGCGCGGCGCAGAUGAUAAACGCACCGGCAGCAACUCACGAGCACACAACUCGUAUGGCUCAAGGCAAGAGGGAAACGACAAAAGGUACUUUUCCUUUGCGGCGGCAGGCCUUGGAUCUGUUCUGCUAUAUGGUGUGCCUGUUGACGGCGAGCGACGCCGCGCAACUCCCUCAUUGGAGAAAACGGAAAAAGUUCACUCGCCAGCGUCAACGAACACCCCCUCUUCUUCCCUCCCGCUUUCUUCCGGUUUGUCGUUCUCCUCUGGGUCACAGUUUUUGCUUUUCUCUAGGGGGUUUAACCAGUUAGCUCUGUGCCAAACUGCCGCGCCCCUGCCGAAAGACGAGAAAGAACAAAUGCAGCAAGGCUCACGACCAGCUGAUGACCAUGAGGAGUCCUCGCACCAUGACAGUCCUUUGUGGCGUUCUGAGGAAAACCGCCCUUUUGACCGCAAGCUAGGAGACGCAUUGUUGUUCUGCGGAAACAGUAACGAGCCUCUUGCCCGUGCCGUCGCAGAUCGGCUAUCAACGAAACUAGGGAAGGCCGUCGUCAAACGCUUCGCAGAUGGAGAGGUUAACAUUCAGUUUGCGGACUCUCUGAGAGGCAAGGAUGUGUACAUCAUUCAACCUACCAGCACGCCCGUGAACGAGCAUCUCGUGGAGCUGCUUCUGAUGAUAUCUACUUGCCGGCGAGCGAGUGCGAAAAAGAUUACUGCGGUCAUUCCUUAUUAUGGUUACGCUAGGCAAGACAGGAAGUUGUCUAGCCGCGUACCCAUUUCUGCGGCAGACGUGGCCCGGAUGAUUGAGGCGAUGGGCGUGGAUCGCGUUGUUGCGGUCGAUCUGCACUGCGGCCAGAUCCAGGGUUUCUUCGGCCCGCGGGUGCCAGUAGACAAUCUCGAGGCGCAGAUCAUUGGCUUGGAGUAUUUCCACCACAAAGACCUCCACAAACCUGUGGUCGUGUCUCCUGAUGCAGGCGGUGUCUACAGAGCCCGGAAAUUUCAGGAAGGCCUCAUUGCUCGCGGGUAUACCGACUGCGGUAUUGCCAUGCUGAUCAAGCAGCGCCUUCGGGCAAACGAGAUUGAACGGAUGGACCUUGUUGGAUCCGUCGCCGGCUCCGAUGUCAUCAUCGUCGACGACAUGAUUGACACCGCUGGGACACUCUGUGAAGCUGCGCGCGAGCUGAGGAAGAAAGGCGCUCGGCGAGUGUUCGCCUUCGCUACACACGGUCUCUUCAGUGGCCCGGCCAUUGAGAGAAUCGAGGCCAGCCCUCUGGAGGAAGUCGUCGUGACUGAUAGCAUCAAGGCUCGCGCCGAGGUGGCGAAAUGCCCGCGCAUCACUUCGCUCUCCAUCAGUGUCCUUUUGGCAGAUGCGAUUCGCCGCAUUCACCAGAAAGAGAGUCUUAAUGACCUCUUCAACGUCAAGUACUAG